UAUGGGCGCUAACAUGACCCUGUCUUGGACAUGUGUGUCCUAAAAUCUGGACACAUUAUCUCCUGUCAACAUGUCCAAAUAAUGCAAAAAAUUCUUACUGUAGAAUUUUAGUUGUAAGUAAUCAUGAUGACAUAAGUGUCUUGUCGCGCGUAUACUAGUGGUGAGUGGAACAUCUGCACUGUGCACCCGCAUAACGUCGCUACAUUUGAAUAGCACCAGAAAAUCGGCAACACCGCAGUCGAGAGUGGGCAGCAUCACUGCUAACAAAAAACGGUUCCAAAAUGGAGUAACGCUGAAGACGGCACAGUCGGGCAUCCCACUGGAUGUAAUUUCACAUUCAACUAGAAAUUGUAUCUGUCGCAAGUGAAACUCGGGGCUUCGAGAAACCGUGGGAAACCGCCUCCGUUGUUCCUGUUGUCAAGCCAGCUGCGCUGAACAGCCAAGAAUGGAGCCAACAGAGCAGUCGGGCCCGGACUCCGGCCCUCAGGAUGUCAACCCUGUGUUCCUGCAGCAGCUUAGGGAGCUGGACAUCCCAGAGGAGGCAGCCAAACAGGCACUUCUACACACAAGGAAUGUGUCUGCAGAGGAGGCGGCCAUGUACUACUUCAACAAGCUGGAGAAUGAGGAGGAGGGGGAUGAUGACCUCAUGUUCAAGAUGGUGUUUGUGGUGAACAUGGACCUUGCCAUGGGUGUUGGAAAGGUUGCCGCCCAGGUGGGUCAUGCUGCCGUGGGUUUGUACCAGGCUCUACAGGAGAAGAACAGCUGGAGGGAGAUGGCCUGGAAGUGGGACCACAGCGGGUCCAAGAAGGUGGUGGUCCAGGGCACCAACGUAGCUCAUCUAUUGGAGCUGCAGGCCCUGGCCAUGAGCCUCAGUCUGCCCACUUACCUGGUCCAGGAUGCGGGGAUGACCCAGGUGGAGGCCGGGUCCCGCACUGUGCUGGCCAUCAUGGGUGAGGAGGAGAUGGUGAACAACGUCACUGGGAGUCUGAAGCUGCUCUGAGAGGCUCCGCCCCAAUGUGGGGGAAAGCAUUGCUCUGCAGGGCCACGGAGCGUCCAGCAGAGGGCAGCGCUUCCCAUCCGCAGGGAGGGUCUUGGCAUGCAAGCUUGUAACAACCUUUAAAAAAAGAAGACCUGAAGAACAAGGGGAAACAAGACAUGUCCCAACACCAGAAAACACACACACAGUCCCUCAUCCAUUUGUUUCCCUUUCAUUCUUUGUCUUAGCCGCUUAGUCGGCCGUUGAGUGCAGAGUGGGGGGGUAGGGGAAAGAAAGAACCGGGCCAAGGCAGUUCAAUUUUUUUCUUCUGGUGACCUUAUUUUACUUAUUGGAAAGUCUUAUGAUUAGAUUCUUAAUUCAUCUUCAAACUCAUUUAGUCUGUUGUCCAGUUUGAGAUAUUGCAAAGUAAAAUAAGUACUUAGUGGCUGACUAAUAUUACUGUCAUGCUUAUUUAAGAGGUAGUAUACUGUCGACUAAUGUCAUUAUAACUAUGGCAGAUGUAGUACACACCUGUUUAAUUCACUGCUCCUGAGUGAAGAGUAAUUUAUUAACUCAUAAUACGUGAACACUCAUUAUUGACAUUUUAAUGAUCUUGAGUCUGUAUGCAACUAUUCUCCCAAAGAUCCCUCUCCUAUAGAAUCAAUAACAUUACUCAUCAUUGGUAAAUGGCUAUAUUUUGUAUGCAUUAUCCCAGUUGGGGCCAUAUCAUGUAUAAUCUGUGGUGUGCCAUCCUGAACAGUAAGCAGUUACUGGAUUUUCUUAUUGUUUGUCUUUACUUUGUGUACAAUGAUUUUCUUUGUGUUGAUUUAUGGUAGAAUUUGACAGUGGGCGCUAACUUGUGUAGGGCCAAAAUGUCUUGUGUGUGGGGCCCAACUUUAUACACUCCGACUCCCUGUUGUGGCUAGUUUACACUUAAAAAGUUUCCAGCUGGACCCACAACUGUGUAUAGCAAUCGGUUAUGGACCUGGUGAGUAGUGGUGAACACUAAUAAUCGUAUCGCACACAGAUGGAUGUGUGAGCUGUGGUGUCUAUGUUCUCACUGACAUAUUUGUGGGCAUGAGCUGCCUCUCCCAGAAGUGUUAUCUUAUUGUCAACGAUUGUAUUUGUAACGAAAAAGAAAAGGCAGUGGCAUGCACACAAUAUGAAAUGUAUAUUUGGUCUGACAGUCGGGAUCCCAAAGUUAUGUCAUUUUAGUUCUAUCUCCACACUUUGAUACCUCCUAUGUUCUAGUCAUCUGUGUGAAUGCUUCAAACUAUGGAGACCAUUAAAAUGCCUCCAGAUUAA